AUGCAAGGCGGCGGCGAUGGAGAGGUCGCGUACAACAUCUAUUCCAAGCAGCUAUUCCUUCGUGGACACGGGUUUCCCCUUUGGCUUCCUGAGCCUAAGGAGAUGGGAGAGGUCCAGCUGGGAGAUGUGGGCUACAUGUUUUCAGGUGGAUUCUUUACGCUGUUCAACGCCACCAUGUCAAAGGAGGUCAAGCAAGUCAACGGUAUUCCAGACGACUACACUCCUUGGGAGGUCAGGCCGACGCAUGUGCACAGAACCAAUGCCAUGUUCGUGUCCCACCUUUGCAGUCGCUCUGUCACCGCAUUUGGCCUCGAAGGAUCAGUGGCGAGCAAUGCCACGCCAAUUGGAGCCGGACUGAAGUUUAGAUGCUCCAAUGAGCAGGGCGCGUUUAUCUUCGUCGAUGCCCCUCCAGUCCGCACCCAGCUGCACCCUAGCAAGCGCUUUGCGCGUUACCUGUUGACCAAUAUCGACAAAUGGUACCAGUUCGCGACCUCGGAGCAUGUCGACAUCGACCUCAAGCCCCAAGACUUGACUUUCAUCUCAGGCUUCAUCAAGACGAAUGACUGGGGCCUCGGUGCAUUCGUGUACAGAGGUCAAAGUGGAGAAGUAAGCUUCCAGGCCCAGAUGCCAUUCAUCACCGGCAGUCUCAGCGUCUCCGCGUCGUCCGACAGAGGCCCGUACGCGGAGACACGAAUCAAACCGAGGAACGAAAACACGUCGUCUGCCCCUCCAACACCAAACCUCGUCGCCGAUGCGGCUCCGGCAGGCCCCAGCUCAAUUGGCGCGAGUCCUUCUACUUCCAGCAACCCGAAUGGUCUGAGCGACCAGGCCAUAUUUUUGCACUAUUGGAGGGUCAAAAGGCGUAUAUGGGUGUACAAGCAAGCGUGGAAAGCCGCCGCGGGCCCAGAUGAACGGGAACCUCAUGAUCGCGAAGGGCAAGACGACCUUCCUGUUCCCAGUCAACCCGACGAUGACUACAUUGCGGUUCAAGAGCCAGCGAUCGAUCCGAUGUACGAUCCGGUCGGCAUUCUUCUGGACUACAUACUCACAUAUCCAGUAGAGGACGGUACCGAAGUUGACACCGCCAUCGCUUGUGACCAACACGUAUAUCAGCUCUUCGAAGGCGAUGUGCCGGAUGACCUCGAGGCUGCGCUUGCCAAAAUGAAACCGCCGAUCUUGUUCGUAGACGAUGAAAGACAAGUUGCAACCCUCGCGAUCGCCGAAUGGGCGGACGAGCUCGAUGACAUUGAUGAGGAAGGGUUCUUCGACGGGGUGAAACGCGCGGGCAAGCAGAAGGACGAUUCGUUUGCACCGGGUGACCCCUCCGAUUCCAAGAAUGAAGACACGAAAGAGGACGAAGACCAGGCGCAGAUCCGCGCCGUGUCGAUGGUGCAGGGCGCAGCGGCCCCGCCAGGCGUGGUCCUCCAAGAGCACACGGGCGGCGUGACAUGUGUGGCCUGGUCCCCCGACGGGCUGUUAAUUGCCUCCGGUGCGGAGGACAACGAGAUUAUCCUCCGUGACGGCAACACGGGCGACCCAGUCGCGACGCUCAGCGGGCACAAGGAAGCCCUCUGGGCCGUCGCAUUCUCGCCCGACAGCGAGCGGCUCGCAUCCGGCGGUCAGGACGGCGUCACGCUUCUCUGGGACCUCGCCACACGCAUGAUCGUGGUCGUGCUCGAGCCCAAGCACCUCGGCGCCGUGCAGACUCUGCAGUACUCGAGCGACAACACGCGGCUGCUGACCACCACCAUCGACUCCUUCCCGCGCAUCUGGGACGCCGCGCGGGGCACGCUCCUCCACGCGCUCGAGGGCCAUACGGGGAUCGUCAUGUGCGCGACGUUCUCGCCCGACGGCGCGCUCGUCGGCUCCGCCGCCGCGGACUACACCGCGCGCCUCUGGGACGCGCCCACCGGCGCCACGCUCCACGUCCUCCGCGCGCACACCGGCGUCAUCUGGUCGCUCGCGUUCGCGCCCGACGGCGCGCGCGUCGCGACCGGCUCCGACGACACCACCGCGCGCGUCUGGGACACCAGCAACGGGAAGGAGCUCGUCAUCGUCGGCGGGCACCAGGGGCCGGUCUGGGCGGUCGCGUUCGCGCCCGUCCACGGCCGCCAGCUCCUCUCCGCGAGCAACGACGCGACGGUGAAGAUCUGCGACUCGCUCGACGGCCACCAGGUGCACGCGUUCGACCGGCACGACACGCUCGUGAACGCCGUCAAGUUCUCGCCCGACGGGCGCGUCGUCGCGAGCAGCGCGGGGGACAACGCCGUGCUCGCGUGGGCGACGGCGACCGGGCGCGCGCUGCCGUCGAUGAACGGCCACCAGGACAAGGUGACGGGGCUCGCGUUCGCGCCCGGGAGCGACCGGCUCGUGUCGUCCUCGGACGACGGGAGCGUGCGCAUCUGGCGGCUGUCCGAGGCGGACAUCACCGCGACCGCGGAGCAGACCGACGCGUCGGUCGCGGUGGAGGAAGAGUAG